AUGACCCAGUACGACCCCGAUCAAGCCGUGCGCGACCACGCCCUCGGUGAAGCCGUCAUCAUCCCCUACGACGGCCCCAUCACCACCUCCCCCAACGCCCCGCCCAAGGCCUCCCGCCCCGAUGUGCCAGAGGACAUCGACGACAUGCUCGAGCACUUGAACGACCCUAAUUACGACCUCCGCCGCUCGUUCUUCAGCAGCAGCGUCGCGUCGGUGGACUUUGAGCUGGGUCUGCGCGAUGCGAGGGGUGGCUUGCAUGCGCGGCCGGGCGCGGUCGCGGCGUUCGAUCCGAAUGCGGCGAGUGGGAGUGGUGGUGCGAGCGCGAGCGGGGCGCAGUGGGGUGCUGGCAGCAGCAAGCCGGAGGGAAAGUGGACUGGGUCGGAUUCCGAGUAUGAGAGCGACCGGUAUUCGACGGAUCGGGCGGAGUCGAGGAAUUCGACGGACAUCGAGUUCGAUGACGAGUCGCCAUACCCAGAAGUACGCGCAUCCGUCGCGAGUACCGAUAUUCCCACUAUGCCCGUGAACACCUUCCGUAUGUGGUUUCUGGGCCUGCUGGCAACCAUCGUCGUUGCAGGACUCAAUCAGCUCUACGAAAUGCGCUACCCCAACCUUUACAUCACUGGCAUCGUCGUACAGCUCUUGACUCUCCCUCUUGGCAAGGCGCUCCAGUACAUCCUCCCAACCUACAUCUUCGUCGUGCCCUACCCUUGGGUCGGCCUCACUUGGGGCGCUCCUCGGGAAGAUGGUGUGGAUCGCACGGACGAGAAGGCGCCAGGCGUGGAUGAAUAUCCUUCUGACGUGAAGUCUGGCCUCAAGAAGUACCUCUCCGCCCCCCGCCUCACCUGUGGCGUCUCGAACUGGCGCUUCACGCUCAACCCGGGGCCAUUCACGAUCAAAGAGCACGUCUGCAUCACGGUUAUGGCCAACAUUGUGUCCAGCGGGGUGUACGCCAACGACGUGAUUGCAAGCCAGAAGUUCUUCUACGAACAGGAGGUUAGCUAUGCGUACCAGUACUGCAUCGCCCUCGGCACCCAGCUCGUCGGCUUCUCCAUCGGCGGCCUCCUCCGCCCGCUCGUCGUCUGGCCCACCUCGAUGAUCUGGCCAGGCGCGCUCGUCAACUCCGCCCUCUUCAACACCCUGCACAAGAACUACGGGCAGCGCGAGGGGCGCCACAUGUCCCGCGAGCGCUUCUUCCUCUACGUCUUCGUGGGCAGCUUCCUGUGGUACUGGGUGCCCGGCUUCUUCUUCACGGGCCUGAGCGUGUUCAACUGGGUGUGCUGGAUUGCGCCGCAGAACCAGGCGGUGAAUGCGCUGUUUGGGACGCAGUCGGGCUUGGGGAUGAGCUUUUGGUCGUUCGAUUGGAGUAUGAUUGCGUAUGUGGGGAGUCCGCUGGUGACGCCGUGGUGGACGGAGUUGAAUGUCGUGGCGGCGCUCGUGAUCAUCAUGUGGGGAGUUGUGCCGGCGAUGUACUUCACCAACACCUGGCAGACGGGCUACUUCCCCAUCAACUCCUCCAAGUCCUUUGACAAUACUGCGUCGAAGUACGAUCCGAGCGCUAUCCUGACUGGGCUGCGCUUCGACGAGGAGAAGUACAACAACUACUCCCGCCUCUACAUGCCGGCGACGCUCGCCAUCGCCUACGGCAUGCAGUUCGCCGCCCUUACCGCGGUGUUCGUGCAUACUUUCCUCUGGUUCCGCCGCGACAUCGCCCGCCGCUGGCGCUCCUCCCUUCGCGACGAGCGCGACGUGCACUCGCGCCUCAUGUCCGUCUACCCCGAGGUCAAGCAGACCUGGUACAUCGGCGUCGGCCUCAUCUCCCUCGUCUUCCUCUUCGUCGGCGUCGAGAUUGGCGCAACGCAGCUGCCCAUCUGGGCGACCCUGAUCGCGUGUGCGCUCGCGGCGGUGCUGGCGGUCCCGGUCGCGAUGCUGCAGGCGAUCACGAACCAGACGGUGCCGCUGCAGGUGUUCGACGAGCUGGUGGUGGGGUAUAUGUUGCCGGGGAUGCCGAUUGCGAAUAUGGUGUUCAAGUGCGUGGCGCACAUUGGGACCAGUCAGGCGGUGUCGUUUGCUGGGGAUCUGAAGUUAGGCCACUAUAUGAAGGUCCCGCCCCGUGUCAUGUUCAAGGUCCAGUGCGUCGCUGCCGCCGUAGGCACCGUCGUCUCCGUCGCCGUCCAAGACUGGGUCUAUAAUAAUAUCCCCGACGUCUGCACGGACGAACAGAGCAACGGCUACACCUGCACCUCCUCCCGCACCUUCGCCACCGCCUCCCUCAUCUGGGGCGGCGUCGGCCCGCAGCGCAUGUUCUCCCCAGGCGCGCCCUACUCCGGCCUCCUCUGGUUCUUCCUCAUCGGCGGCGUCCUCCCCAUCCCCUUCUACUUCCUCGCGCGCCGCUACCCGCUCUCCUUCUGGCGCUACAUCAACAUCCCCGUGUUCUUCGCGGGCGUGGGCGCGAUGCCGCCCGCGACGGGGUCGAACUUUGCGAGCUGGGCGCUCGUGGGCUUCGUCUUCAACUACUUCAUUAGGAAGUAUAGGACGGGCUUCUGGAUGCGGUACAACUACAUCAUCAGCGCGGGGCUGGAUGCUGGUGUGGCGGUCGCGAUGGUCAUCGUGUUCUUCUCGGUGCAGCUGCCGAAGGGCGGCACCAUCGAGCUGGAUUGGUGGGGGAAUUCCGGCUGGGCAAACACUAUGGACGCGGAUGGCGCCGCUCGACUAGAGCUUGCAGACGGCGAGACCAUUCCUUCCUGGUAG